AUGCCGCCCCGAGUAGCAAGAAGCUCAAUCCAGAGCGGCAGCUCUUCUUCAAAAGGCCGCUCGAACGCGCGCAACCCCAAGAAGGCGCAGAAGCGUGCGCUCAACGCCUUCUCCAUCGCCGAGCACGAAAAUCUCGAUGGCGCGAAGAUUCGCAAGCACCGACUUGGCGAAAUUGACCCCUCGUUUACUCGCAAGCGCACGCGCGGCAAUGGCGAUGCCGACGAGGAAGAAGACGAGGAAGACGAAGAGGGCGGGCCAAAGAGGCGGAGGAUGAGGACGGGCGACGAGAGUUUCGACGAAGGCAGCGACUCGGAGGGCAACACCUGGCAAAUGGGUCACGUAGAGAACGACGACGAUGACGAGAGUAUCGACUCUGACGAAGCCUUUGGUGACAGCGACGAAGAGAGAUUCGAGGGCUACACGUUCCGGGGCAGCUCAAAAAGCCAAAAGAGCAAGCCGAAAAAGUCAAAGAGACAGCAGGAUCUGGAAGAUGAGGAUGGCGACAUUGAUCUGGAUGAGGGUGACAGCGCAGACGGUGAAGAAGAGUACGACGAAGAUGACCUCGGUGAGGAUGCUAUCGACCUGGCAACCGCACUGGAUCAAUACGAGGAAGAUGAGGCUGAGGAGCAGAGGGAGAAGAAACAAAAGAAGCGCGCCUCGGCAUUCGAUGGCAGCGACGAGGAGUCGAGCGAAGGAGAAGACAUGGAAGCAGACGAUGCAUCUGAGAUGUCCUCUGAUGAAGACGACGACGACGAUCGACAGGCACAACUGCAAGACUUGAUCUCGUCGCUGGCAUCCAAGGAAGACGAAAAACGCAAGGGCAAGAGAGUAGACGUCCACGAGUCCGCCGCCCCAGACGAAUUUGGUGUUGCGAGAAAAGUAGACCUGUUAAGCCUGAAGCCCAAGGUGACUGAUGCGGAGAAGAAGAAGGCACUCAAACUGCUCGAAGACGACAAGUCGACAAAGCGCAACGACAUUGCCCGCAAGCUCGAUGCUCCCCUGCCGAAGCGACAGCAAGACAAGCUCGACCGUGCUGCUGCCAACGCCAAAGCGAACGAGACCCUUGAUAGAUGGACUGACACCAUCAAGCGCAACCGUCGCGCCGAGCAUCUCAUGUUCCCUCUACAAAACUCCAGUGGUGGCGAGCCUACAGGAGCGAAGACACUCCAACCUACUACUACCGCGGCUCCCGCAAACGAUCUCGAAAGCACCAUCCAGUCCAUCCUUCAGCAAAGCGGUUUGUCUAACGGCAAAGAGGACGAAGACAAGAUUCAAAAAUGGGAGGAACUCCAAACGAACAAACUUCCCAUUGAAGAGGUCCUCAAGCGACGCGCUGAACUGCGUAUGCAGCGUGAGCUCCUCUUCCGCGAAGAGGUUCGCGCCAAGCGCAUCAAGAAGAUCAAGAGUAAGGCUUAUCGACGAGUGCAUCGAAAGGAGCGUGAAAAGAUGCUGGAGAAGGAGCGAGAGCAACUAAAGGCCGACGGUGUUGAUCUUUCAGAGGAAGAACGCGAGUACAACGACCGCCGACGAGCUGAGGAGCGCAUGGGCGCCAAACAUCGCAACAGCAAAUGGGCCAAGGGCAUCAAGGCCACAGGACGAGCAGCAUGGGACCAAGAUGCGCUUGAGGGUGUGACGGAAAUGGCGAGGCGCAAUGAGGAGCUCCGCCGCCGUGUUGAGGGUAAGACUAUCCGCGAUGAUGACGAAGAAGGAUCAGAUCUGCCAAGUGAUGAGGAGAGUGAAGAAGACGGACAGUCUGACGACGAUGCACUCCAACGAACUCUUGGAAAGCUCAAAGAGAACCCAUUUUCCACUGGCAAGUCCAAGCUUGGCGAGAUGGCUUUCAUGAAGAGAUCGGAAGCUGUUAAGCGCGCGCAAAAUGACGAAGCCGUUGAGAGCAUUCGACGAGAGCUUGCUGGUGAGGAUAGUGCAGAAGAAGAGCUUGAUGAGAAUGCAACCAAAGCUGGAAGGCGAAAGUAUGGGCCCAACGCCAACGUUACUGCUCCAGCGAUACAACUCAAUCGUAGCGAGUUUGAGGAGCGUCCUGGGUCAGACGGAGAGGAAGAUGCACAGCCUGCUACGAAUGGUAACGAACCUGCACGAGAGCAGUCGUCAAACAAGCCUGCUUCGAAGAAGGCCGGUGCCAAUGGUCUCUCCAACGGUACACGCAAGCCUGCAGCGCCACAAAUGGAGAAUGAGAGCGGCUCUCCCAACCCCUUCUUAGUCAAGGCGAAGAAGGAGAAGAAAGCACCAAAGGAGCCAGAGCUUCUGCCUACCACAGUGGUCACAAAGCCCGCCGCGCCAACACCAGCCCCGAAAGCAAAGUCUCAGAAAAAGUCAAAGCAGUCUGAGAAGCCUCAAGAAACCAAAGUAGAUGAGUUUCUCAAGCAGCGUGUUACGGAAGCAGACGAUGACGGCUGGGCAACUGUGCUGGGUGGUCAAGAUGGCGAUGAAGACCAAGAUGACCAAGGCAUUGAAGACGAGGGUAUUGACCUCGAUGCCGUCAUGCGCAACCAAGCCCUCACAGCCAAAGGCUUUGCUGGCGACGACGUUGAUGCUGACUUUGAGGCCGAGAAAAACGCCACCAUUGCCGAGGAAGAGUCUGCGGAAGUCACUACCUUCCUUCCUGGCUGGGGAUCCUGGACCGGUGAAGGCAUGUCCAAGGCUGAGAAGAAGCGGAAUCUUGGUGCCAAAACCGUGACUCACAAGUCUGGUAUCGAUGCCAACAAGCGCAAGGACAAGAAAUUAGACAAGGUCAUCAUCAACGAGAGGAGGGUCAAGCCGAAUACCAAGUACAUGGCCAGCCAGUUGCCGUUCCCAUUCGAGACCAGGGAGCAGUAUGAAAGGAGCCUGAGGGUGCCCCAGGGCAAGGAGUGGGUCACUAAGAAGACUCAUCAAGAUGUCACGAAGCCGAGAGUUAUUGUCAAACAGGGUAUCAUCAAGCCCUUGCGGAAACCCCUGGUAUGAGCGAGUCAAAAUAGAUAAUCUCUUUUUGUUACAUUUGAACUGGAAUGGCCAAUUCCAAGCAUUUCAUGUCCUCUACUCUGUCUGCUAUCCUGUCUGCUGCCUAUGCUAGGCGAUGUAUCCACGUGACCAGCUGCAGUAUCAGACUCUCCUGCGCAUGUAUAACAAGAACCGCCAAACUCGGCUCUGUCUCGAUUCUCACCUCACUCUCUACAUCUUGUCCUCUCUUUGCGUCGUCUUACUGUCUGUCGAAUUCUCAUCAGGUCACAAUGGCUGGCGGCCUUACUUGCGGCUCAACUUCUCAUCGCGCAACUGCGCAAACUACGCAGUAGUUACGAGAUGACCCUCGCCACUU